AUGUGCUCUGCAGGCAGCUGUGCGUUUGAGGAACACUACAGUAACUGUGGAUACAGCAUUGCUUUGGGCACCACCGGCUUUGCCUGGGAGCAGGUCAACACAUGGGAGAGACCCAGUAUGGAUGCCGCUCUUCCCACUGGCUCCUUCAUGAUGGUGAACGCAUCUGGGCGGGCGUCUGGUCAGAAGGCCCAUCUCCUCCUGCCCACGCUGAAAGAGAAUGACACACACUGCAUCGAUUUCCACUACUCCCUGUCCAGCCGUGAUGGCUCCAGUCCUGGAGCCCUCAACGUCUACAUCAAGGUGGAUGGAGGCCCCCAGGGUAACCCCAUCUGGAAUGCGUCAGGCGUGGUCACUGAGGGGUGGGUGAAGGCUGAACUAGCCAUCAGCACCUUCUGGCCCAACUCCUACCAGGUGAUAUUUGAGGCUGUGUCCAUACAGGGACAUCCUGGCUUCAUUGCUGUGGAUGAGAUCCAUGUGCUGGCCCAUCCCUGCCGGAAAACUCCUCAUUUUCUCCGGCUGCAGAAUGUGGAGGUGAACAUUGGCCAGAAUGCCACCUUCCAGUGCACCGCAGGGGGAAAGUGGUCCCAGCAUGACAAACUGUGGCUUCAGCAGUGGAAUGGAAAAGACACUUCUCUAAUGGUGACCAGAGUGGUCAACCACAGAAGGUUUUCCGCCACGGUCAGUGUGACAGACACGUCACAGCGCAGUACAAGCAAAUACCGCUGCGUCAUCCGCUCCGACGGAGGUUCAGGGGUCUCCAACUAUGCUGAACUCAGUGUCAAAGCACCACCGACCCCUAUUGCUCCACCUGAACUACUGGCAGUGGGCGCCACCUACCUCUGGAUCAAACCUAAUGCCAACUCCAUCAUUGGUGACGGACCAAUCAUCUUAAAGGAGGUAGAAUAUCGCACCACCACAGGGAACUGGGCAGAGACACACAUUGUUGAUGCGCCGACCUAUAAACUGUGGCACCUGGACCCAGACGUGGAGUACGAGAUCAAAGUCCUGCUGACUCGGCCUGGUGAGGGGGGCACCGGGCCCCCAGGACCUCCACUGAUCACACGGACUAAAUGUGCUGACCCAGUUAACGGUCCUCAGAACGUGAACGUGGUUGAUAUCCGUGCUCGUCAGUUGACUCUGCAGUGGGAGACGUUUGGCUAUGCAGUCACUCGCUGUCACAGUUUUAAUCUGACCGUGCAGUACCAGUAUGUCUUUAACCAGCAGGAGUUUGCAGCGGAGGAGCUGAUCCAGACCUCGUCCCACUACACGCUGCGUGGCUUACGGCCCUUUGUCACUGUGCGUCUCCGUCUGGUCCUCGCCAACCCAGAGGGCAGCAAAGAGAGCGAGGAGAUUGUCAAACAGACAGAGGAGGACGUGCCUGGUGCUGUUCCUAUGGAGUCCAUUCAGACAGGGACGUAUGAGGAGAAGAUCUUCAUGCAGUGGAAAGCUCCCAAUGAAACCAAUGGAGUUAUAACUCUGUAUGAGAUCACUUACAAAGCCCUGAGUUCACUGGAUCCCAGUGCUGACCUGACCACACAGCGAGGAAGGGUGUUCAAACUCCGGAAUGAGACCCAUCACCUCUUUGUCGGUCUCUACCCUGGCACCACCUACUUCUUCACUCUCAAGGCCAGUACCAGCAAAGGCUUCGGACCCCCGGUCACUGCCCGCAUCGCCACCAAGAUCGCAGCUCCGUCGAUGCCUGAGUAUGAGACGGAUGCCCCGCUGAAUGAGACUGAAACCACCAUCACGGUCCUCCUGAAGCCCGCCCAGUCCAGAGGAGCCCCUGUCAGUGCGUACCAGGUGGUGGUGGAGGAGGAGAGGAGGCAGAAGGUUCGGCGGGCGACCGACGUGGUGGAGUGCUUCUCCGUUCCUGUCAGCUUUAAGAACGCCUCCAUCCUGGAUUCUGCUCAUUACUUUGCGGCCGAGCUGACCCCUGUCAACCUGCCAGUGGUUCAGCCCUUCACCAUCGGAGACAACAAAACUUACAACGGCUACUGGAACGCCCCUCUCUCCCCUGCAAAGAGCUACAGCAUCUACUUCCAGGCACUGAGCAGAGCCAAUGGGGAAACCAAAAUCAACUGUGUGCGUCUGGCCACCAAAGUGGUAAUAGGUAGGGGACAAAUGACCACGCCCUACAUACUUGUCAUCCCUAGUGAAGGUGCCUCCACCCAGAAUUCGGAUGCAGUUGAGCCUGAGAAGCAGGUGGACAGUACGGUCAAGAUGGCAGGAGUCAUCGCAGGGAUUCUCAUGUUCGUCAUCAUCUUACUGGGACUGCUACUGACCUUCAAACGCAGGGAAAUCCACACCUGGAGAGCCCUUAGCGUGGGAAGACAUGCGUAUUCCUACUCUUAUUACCUGAAACUGGCUAAAAAACAGAAGGAGACCGUGAGUAGCAGUACCCAGAGAGAGAUGGGGCCCAUCAGCACAGCAGACAAGAGUGCAGGGAAGGUCAGCACGCUUCACAAAGACGACCCAUUCUCCACCAGCAGCCAGGACCUCAAUGGCUUCUCAUCCUCCUCUCCUUGCUCCUUCUCCAUCCAGGGCAAAACGCUCCAAAGUAAAACACUGCUGAACUCCUACUACUCAGUGUCCAAAGAGCCUGUCCCAGCCACCACCUCUUUAGACGGCAGCCACAGUGAGAUGUCCCAGCCUUCACUAACCAUCCAGACAUAUACAUACGGAGGCUGUGAGUCUGUGGAGAUGUCCUACCAGGCAGGCCAGUUCCAGCCAGCCAUCCGCGUAGCCGAUCUCCUACAGCACAUUACUCAGAUGAAGUGUGGACAAGGCUAUGGAUUUAAAGAAGAGUAUGAGGGUCUUGCCGAAGGACAGACUGCCCCAUGGGAAACCGCCAAGAAAGAUGAGAACCGGAGCAAGAAUCGCUACGGAAACAUCAUAGCUUACCCCACAGAUGAUCACACGAGGGUGAGACUGCAGCUGCUGGAGGGUGACCCUCACUCUGACUACAUCAACGCCAACUACAUCGAUGGAUAUCACAGACCAAGGCACUACAUUGCCACACAGGGUCCCAUGCAGGAGACAGUGAGAGAUUUCUGGAGGAUGAUAUGGCAGGAGAACUCUGGAAGCAUCGUCAUGGUAACCAACCUGGUGGAAGUGGGCAGGGUGAAAUGUGUGCGCUAUUGGCCAGAUGAGAUGGAGAUGUAUGGAGAUAUCAAAGUGAAUCUGAUAGAAACGGAGCCUCUGGCAGAAUACGUCAUCCGCACCUUCACCGUCCAAAAGAAGGGGCACCAUGAGAUCCGGGAGAUCCGACAGUUCCAUUUCACCAGCUGGCCAGACCACGGCGUGCCCUGCUAUGCCACUGGUCUGCUGGGCUUCGUCCGCCAGGUCAAAUUCCUAAACCCCCCGGACGCCGGGCCCAUAGUCGUCCACUGUAGUGCUGGAGCUGGGAGAACAGGUUGUUUCAUUGCGGUGGACAUAAUGUUGGACAUGGCAGAGAACGAGGGAGUGGUGGACAUCUUUAACUGUAUCCGAGAGCUUCGAUCACAGAGAGUCAACAUGGUCCAGACAGAGGAGCAGUAUGUUUUUGUUCAUGAUGCCAUCCUGGAAGCGUGUCUGUGUGGAAACACUGCCAUCCCUGUGUGUGAAUUCCGCGCCAUUUACUACAACAUCAGCAGGAUAGACCCUCAGACAAACUCCAGUCAAAUUAAAGACGAGUUUCAGACUCUGAACAUUGUGACACCACGCGUACGUCCAGAGGACUGCAGCGUCGGCCUUCUGCCCCGAAACCACGAUAAGAACCGCAGCAUGGACGUGCUGUCCGCCGACCGCUGUCUACCCUUCCUCAUAUCUGUGGACGGAGAAUCCAGCAACUACAUCAACGCAGCUCUCAUGGACAGCCAUAAACAGCCGGCGGCCUUCAUCGUGACCCAGCAUCCCCUGCCCAACACGGUGGCCGACUUCUGGAGGCUGGUCUUUGACUACAACUGCUCCUCCAUAGUGAUGCUGAACGAGAUGGACGCUGCCCAGCUGUGCAUGCAGUACUGGCCAGAGAAGAGUUCCUGCUGCUACGGCCCCAUCCAGGUGGAGUUCAUCUCUGCAGACAUAGACGAGGACAUCAUCAACCGCAUCUUCCGCAUCUGCAACAUGGCCAGGCCGCAGGACGGGUACCGGCUGGUUCAGCAUUUCCAGUUUAUUGGCUGGCCUGCGUACCGGGAGACACCGCUGUCCAAGCGCUCCAUCCUGCAGCUGGUUCAGCGGCUGGCCAAGUGGCAGGAACAGUAUGACGGAGGAGAUGGCCGUACUGUGGUUCACUGUCUGACUGGAGGAGGGCGUAGUGGGACCUUUUGUGCCAUUUGCAGUAUAUAUGAGAUGAUUGUGCAGCAGAACAUUGUGGACGUAUUUCACACCGUCAAGACUCUGAGAAACAACAAAUCCAACAUGGUGGAGACCAUGGAGCAGUACAAGUUUUGCUAUGAAGUGGCUUUGGAAAGCCUCAGCUCUUUUUGA